AAACAACUCUAUUUAUGGUAAUUACAAAGGGAAGUAGUUGAGUAUAAAUAGCGAUGAGUUGAAGGUCUGACACACUGUUGGUUUGAGCACCUCCUCGUUAUAUAUUUAAGAAGCCUUGAGCUCAUCAGAUCUAUUAACAUUGAGGCAAGCUGUUUUCAUCCUCAUCACCACUGCCAUCAUCAUCGCCAUCAUCAACACUGAAGCAGUUUUGUCCAAACGGAAAAAAAACCCUGCUUACUAACUGGACAUGGCACCGGAUUCUGUUGAUGACCAAUUUAUAGGUUGCGCUGAAGAAACAUACAAACGGAUAAUAGACGAGGUCCUAGGAAAAAAGUUAAAUAAAAAUAAACACUUUAAUGAUACUUGGAAUAAAUACUCAGACAGUACUGAUAAUUUUACAAGAAUAAUAAAGGUCUACACCAGUUCAAUGAAAGAAGAACUGUAUUCAAAAUUCAAUGAUUCUGUCAGAUUAGGAAAAAACAUUACCCCAAAAAAUUCAAAUACAGAAUUUCAUUUCUUGCUAACACGUGCUGUACAAAUUCAUAAAUUGCAGAGCUGUGUUAAUGUUUUCCGUAGAACCGCUGUUAGUUUUGAGAGACCUCAGAUUAAUGCUACAAUGCGAUUUGGCAGGUUUGCAUCGACUUCAUUUAGCAAUGACUUGGAAGAAUUUGGCAAUAAAUCCUGUUUUGAGAUUAACACGUGCUUUGGUGCAAACAUAUCCACCAUUUCUGUACUACCUGAUGAGGAAGAGGUGCUAGUCCCACCUUAUGAAAUGUUUACUAUAACAAACAUUACUGAUAAACAAAACCACAUGAACUGCGAAGUCCUUUACACACUAAAGAGUGCGGGAAAUUGUAGCUGUAUGGACUGCGAGCUGCUUAAAAACCAACCCCGCCGACAUUACUCCCCACAUAGAAACAUAAGGUAAUGUUGGGUUAAUGUUUUAUAGCACAACCACUAGCAUGGCUGGAUAACUUAAGGCCAUGAUGCUAUGUAUUCUAAGCAUGUAUUGAUGUCAAUGAUAUACAUUAUUUGUUAUAUCAUCAUAAAAUUGCUCAAUAAUAAAGAUAGCAUUGUAAUUUUAACCAUUUUGUCUAGCAGCGCUUUGUAGCAUGGCAGCAACUUACUGCCUUAAUGCUUUUCAAAUUAAAAGACACCCGGACCAUAUGUGUGUUUUUUUAUGUGUUGUUAUUAUAUUCCCACGAAUAUUAUAAAUAAAUAAAUAAAUUAUGUCACUAAAACAAAUUCCUCGCAUGUGAAAACAUGCCUGGCAAUAAAGCUGAUUCUGAUUCUAAAUAAAGCGGAGGCGGGAAUCAAACCUAACCACUAAGCCACCGUGCCCCUUAAAUUAUGUAUGUAUGUACUGUAUAUAUGCAUGUAUGAAGAGCUCUUUUCCAAAACGCGAUAAACGCCAAAAUAAAAAAACCGAGUUUGUCAUGUCAUUUUGCUGUGUUGUGAACCUAUAUACUGCUCCAUCAAUGUUUCAUGCCAAAAUGCUAUAUUUCCUUGUUUAAAAUGUACAGCAAGAUGCAGUUCCUUUCCAAACCGCGAUAAGCACCAAACCUGUUUUUUGCCUAAACGCUAUAUGUCCUCUCGACCAAUCAGAAUUCGGUGAGCGCGAGAGAUGUUUGUUUGUGAGCAGUCUUCAAAAUGAGUGUUUUUAACUGUAAUAACAAUUUUGAUGGCCUGGAUGAGCUAGUGAAACCUACUGAUGGGGGUAGAAAACGCCGACUGGACAAAGAAAACCACAA